AUGGUAAACAAUUACAAUGCAGUUCUUUUAAAUCUAUGGAAGGGAAAUAUUGACGUGCAACCGUGUGGUAAUGUCACCGCUGUGGCCUACUACGUCGCAAAAUAUGCCAGUAAAUGCGAACCACAUGACACAGGUGAUGUAAUUCGAGAAGCUAUUUCGAAUGCUAAGAGACAAGGUGGUGAUGUUUGGAAACAAUUGUUUUCAAUAUCAAUGACUAUUUUAAAUAAACGCUUGGUGAGUGCGCCCGAAUGCGCUUACAGAUUAUGCCAUUUGCCAUUGAAAAUGUCGUCGCGAAAGACUGUUUUUGUGAAUAGUUGCAGGCCGGAGGAACGUUACAGACUCCUGAGAUUUGAUAGUGAUGAAACCAGUAUUUACAAUAAUAUUUUUGAUCGUUAUGUAUUACGCCCAAACGAGCUGGAGAAUUUAAGCCUUGCGGAAUUUGCCGUCCGUUUUGAAACCGUCUCUAAAACGACAUGGUCAGAGGACAAUGGGGAUGCGGAACUGAGAGGCGAAGAUAUUACGCCAGAGAGGUAUAUCAGAUUGCAGGACAAUACGAGAUUGCGUGUAAGAAAUAGACCGGCAGUGUUACGUACCCGCUAUUAUACAAUUAAUAGUGACAAAGAAGCAUAUUAUUACAGUUUAUUAGUAUGCCAUAUACCAUUUCGUAAUGAAGGCGAAUUACUUUUCGAAAAUGAAACCGCUGAAGACUGUUUUAUAAGACGAAAAGGGGAUCUUCGCCCGUUGCAGGGUGACAUCAGUUCAGAACAAAUUGGUCAUGCCGAAUUAAUUAUUCAACAAGCUGUUGCGCAAGCUACCGCGCUUAAUGCUGCGCGUGAAACCGAUAUAGGCAAUGCUUCCAUGUUAUGUGUUGGUGAAAAAAUUUUACAGGACGAUGAUAACUUUUGUGAAGACAUGGAAGAACGAGCCGUCAUAUCAGAUGAAUUGUUCCUAGGAAGCAUUCGAGGAUUAAAUAUCCAACAGAAGGAAUUAUUUCAGAAAGUUUCAACGGCAAUCGAAAACGAUUUGCAUGGACAAGAAAGCCAGCUGUUACUUUUUAUCACGGGCGGUGCAGGCAGUGGUAAAUCAUUUCUGCUGAAAUUAAUCGUGGAGCACAUUAAGCGUUGUUACGCACCAACAGUAGAUAUACUGCUGAAGCCUAAAUUUGUGGAAGUUGGGUCGUUAACCGGGGUUGCCGCUCGUCAAAUUUUUGGCAAAAUGCUACAUAGUAUUUUCUUGCUUCCGAUUGAAAAAAAAAAUUCUAUGACAUACAAAAAAAUUACAGGUCAAAGACUCGAGACUGAAAGGCGUAAAUGGCGCUAUAUAAAUUGGCUAGUCAUAGACGAAAUUUCUAUGGUCUCCUAUGAGAACUUAAGAAUAAUUCACCUAAGACUCCAAGAAUACAAAAACAACGAGAAGUUAUUCGGUGGAGUCAACAUUUUAGUAUUUGGUGACAUAUUUCAGCUUCCUCCGGUGAAAGGGAAUUGGUGUUUUGUGCAGCCAUCGUGGUUUUCGGUGGAGGUCAAUUUGUGGCAUCAGUUUUCUUUUUGUGAACUGACCAUAAACAUGCGACAGCGCAAUGAUAGCGAAUUCAUCGAUUUAUUGAACAGCUUACGGGUGGUGAACUGA